AUGGCUUUACAGGAACUCUGCCAUCUGCAGGACUUCUUUGUUGACGCUGCUGAAUACCUUGACGAAAGUCCAAUACAAUUUGGGCAAACCAACGCAGACCAAAUCUCACCGCAGGACUUCAUCCUUUCAUCACUCUCUGGUCCGGUUAAUGCCAGUCAGUCCGCACCUCUGCCUUUUGCUAUGUCUCACGGCACCACCACCCUCGCUUUCACGUUUCAGGGAGGUGUGCUGGCUGCGGCAGACACUCGUUCGAGUUGCUCGGGGUUGGUGGCGUGCCCAGCCUCCCAGAAGAUCCUCCCCAUUCACAGUCACCUGGUGGGCACUACCUCAGGUACUUCGGCUGACUGCGCCCUUUGGAAGCGACUUCUAUCUCGAGAACUGCGGCUUUACCAACUCCGCCAUGGCCGACGGCUGUCCACAAGCGGAGCCGCUAAACUGCUUUCUCACAUGCUUCACCCGUUUAAGGGGACGGAGCUGUGUGUGGCCGCCACAUUGUGUGGGUGGGACGGCGGAAAGACCGAAGACACAAACACAGGUGUCCUCAGCCAUGCAGAGAUAGAUGGCACUCUGGAAAAGGCGUCAUCGACGAUUGCUGGGCUACAGCGUUGUCCCAGAGAGGGAUCUAGCUUCUCCGGACCAAGUCUGAGCUACGUCUGCAGUGACGGUACUCGCCUGAAGGGAACGCUGUUUUCUGUUGGCUCAGGAUCACCUUAUGCUUACUCAAUAUUAGACCAAGAGGUGAAAUGGGAUCUGACGGUGGAUGAGGCUAUUUCAGUGGCCAGAGAGUCUGUGUUCAGAGCUACACACAGGGAUGCAUACUCUGGGAACUGUGUAGACGUCUACCACGUCACCUCAAAAGGCUGGACUCGCAGAAGCAGAGAGGAUCUGAAGGAGGAAUAUUACAGAGAAAAGGCAAGACAAACAAAGAGGGACAGACAGGCUCAGAGACAGAGGAGGCUGGUCUGGGGAGGUCUGGGCAGUCACGGAGUUGUUGAGGCAGUGAAGUUUCCAGAGGGUGGGGGCGGCGAUGGAGAAAGCUCUGUCACCCCAGGUUUGGAGCUUGGUCCUGCAUGGGAAGGACAGGAGGUUGGCGUCGGAGGAGCGGAGGGAGCGAGAUGGAGUGUGGUGAUGGAGCAGGUAAAUGAGGUACGGAGGGGCCAGAUUGUGAAGGGCUUUGAGCGUGAGAAGAAGGACUUUGAACUGGAUGCGGUAAGGAACAGGGAGCCAGUGGAGGUUCUGAAGGACUGA